AUGGCUCGUCUUUUUUGCUGCAUAACUGUCUUACACCUACUUCUACUGUUCAAGCUCAAUAUAUCAGCUGAAGCUGGAGUUGUUGGUGUAAAUUAUGGGAUGCUGGGGAACAACCUCCCACCUCCAAGCCGGGUUAUUGCACUCUUGAAAUCCAGAAACGUUACAAGCCUUCGUCUUUUUGACCCCAAUCAUGAUGCCCUUCAAGCUUUACAAAACUCAGGAAUUAAAGUCAUUCUUGGAACCCUAAACCAGGAUCUCCAAAUGCUUGGGGCGCCUGACCCAUCAUUUGCCAGACGCUGGGUGAGUACCAAUGUAAUUCCGUAUUCCAAAACUGUUCAUUUUCGUUGCAUUUCAGCUGGCAACGAAGUCAUCCCCAGCGACCUUGCAGCUUAUGUUUUUCCAGCCAUGAAGAAUCUAAAAGCAGCACUAAAUGCUGCUAACCUUGCCUAUAUCCCAGUUACUACUUGCGUUUCAACAGCCAUUCUUGGAGCUUCAUACCCGCCUUCUCGAGGGGAGUUUUCCAAAGAUUCAAGUAUCGUGAUGAGAUCAGUAGCAGCAUUCUUAGCAGCAAAUGGAAGCCCUCUCCUCGUGAACGUGUAUCCUUACUUCCCAUACGUAGAUAAUCGAGAAAAAAUUCCCUUAUCUUAUGCGCUUUUUAACAGCACAAAUGUGGUGGUGAAAGAUGGACAGCUUGAGUAUAGGAAUCUCUUCGAUGCUAUAACUGAUGCAGUUUACUCGGCGCUGGAGAAGGUAGGCGGUGCCUCAAUUCAGAUUGUUGUGUCUGAGAGUGGAUGGCCAUCCAAAGAAAAUGGUGACAUUGCAACCGUGGCUAAUGCUCAAAUGUAUGUUAACAACCUGAUCGCGCAUGUAUCAGGGGAAACUGGUACACCAAAGAGGCCAGGGAAGAGUAUCGAGUCUUAUAUUUUUGCCCUUUUUAAUGAGAACCUCAAACCUCCAGGGACUGAGCAGAAUUUUGGCUUGUACAAUUCUGACAUGACAGAGGUUUACCCUGUUGAUUUUACUCAUUAA